AUGGCUAUAUCGUGGAUGCCAAGUAACGCAGAGGACCUUUUUGCUUGCUUCCUACCUCCAUCCUUUACGCUAUCGAAGACUUGCUAUCCGUUCACACCUCAUGGAGUACUGCAGGGCUCCCCUGAGGAUAAAAACCAGCAGGCACCGCGCUUCGCUUCGCCCCUCCUCCGUCCGUGGAACGGUAGUUCUCCACAAAUAUGCCCCCCAGGUGACUUCGGGCCUGAGUGGCACACCGGUGCUGAGGGGCAUAUCCCCCUCGUUGCAUUCUCUGAUUUCCUGGCUUCCUUUGCAAGGAGAAAAAGAGGCGGCGCUCCCGUGGAAGAAGCCACACGCACCCUGGCCUUACCCCGCAGUCGCAGGACGGCUAUUCAGCGCAAGCCGCUGUUGCCUAUAGAGCCUAGGAACCUAAGGCAGCCAGGCUUGCGGAAGAAGAAGCGCCGACGAGGGCGAGGCGACAAGAGCAGCGCGAAGGGUAUUCGGCUCAAGAGAGACCAACAAGGACGGUUCAAGGGGCCUCGCAGCAAGACUUUCGAGGGGGGUAAAACUCCCCUCUACAGGCGGCUCCCCAAGUGGCCUGAAGCGUGGCUUGGCAGACAGCGCAAGCGCUGGGAGCCCUUAAAUUUGGCAAAGAUCCGGCAAUUCUUGGAGCAGGGGAGACUUGACGCGCGAUUCCCCAUCACACAGCGCCAUCUGCACGACUCACGCUGCGUUCGCGUCCGCAACGGAGUUCACCUCUUCAACGUUAACGAUUACCCUUUCCCCUACCGCAUUUCCAUAGAAGUGGCGUCAGCAGACCAGUCGGCCAUUGACGCGGUGCGGAGAGUGGGUGGCGAAGUGCGCGUGGUGUACAGACACCCCAUCAACCUCAGGGCCCACAUCAAGCCGUACAAAUUCGACGUGCUCCCAAAGACCGCUCGUCCCGGGUUGGAAGCGGUGCAUUUUCUCGAGAAGCUGCGGGCUCGGGGUUGCGUUGUUUCGUACAUCAAGCCCCAAUGGAUGGAACUUGAAGAGAGACGCAUGCAGAGGGAACUGCAAGAACUGUGGGCAGAGGCCGAAGUGGCCGCAGGUAAGCUACCCAGCUUGCACGGUGAACCCAGUGCCUCUCUUUCUGGAGGCAGGAGCAAUCCCACCCCUCGAAACGCUUCACAGCGCAUAGCUGGCUGGGCUAGGCUUCAACGCACACGGCUUUAG